AUGGCUGGCCUUAAUGCAAUUACAUAUGUUGCAGGAUAUUUACUAAAGAAAUGUUUGGAGAAACACAGAUGCGAUAUCUGUGCAAAAUGCCUGGUCAACUUAGAACUAGACAGUUCGACAAAGUUAUUUUGUUAUUUCAAAGCGUAUGAGUCAUCAACAAAACCAUUUAGUGGCCUACUUGUUCCUGGAGCAGACUUUGUAGACUACAUCACACACUUGGAGAGUACAUUUGUAAAUGAACUUCCCAAGUCCUUAAAUAAGCUAGGAAUUGGGAAACAUCUAAUGGGGAAACUCAAGGAGUUUUCAGUCCCCCAAUGCUCAGGUUUUCCUGGGAAAUAUGUUUUAAAGUUGUUUGUAAGAAUGAGGCUGUACUAUGCAUUGAAGUUUGCCAACAGAGACUUUACUCAACAAAAAGGAAAAGUAGGAAGUAUUUUAAGAUUACACACUUAUAGAAAGUGA